AUGGCGGGCACCUACGCCGACGGCCUCCAGACUGGUGGCGCCGAUCUGCGGACCUUCAGUCGCGUCUCUAAGAGGCUCAUCGUGUGCUGCGAUGGCACCUGGCAGGACGCGUUGGACGUUCGGCAGAACUGGAAGUACACUAAUGUACUCCGCCUCGCGCGCGCGCUCAACUACGUCGACGACCGAGUCGAACCUCCGGUACAUCAGAUCGUGUUCUAUCAAUCCGGGAUUGGCACAGACAACCUGUAUGACAAGAUUGUCGAUGGAAUCACCGGCGCAAAUCUUGCCGAGAAAGUCGAGGACGCAUAUGGUUUCAUAGCUCAUAACUAUCAUCCGGGAGAUGAGAUCUUCUUGUUCGGAUUCUCCAGAGGCGCAUAUACUGCUAGGAUGGUUGCCAUGUUCAUUGGGGCCAUCGGUGUUUUGGACCGCACUCAGAUGGACCACUUUGCGUCCAUCUUCCUUGCUUAUCAGAAGCGAGGUAAAGAAACGGACCUCGAUCAGAUCCAGAUCCUAGAUGAGAAGCUUGAACCUUGGACGAAUCCCAAUGCCCCGGGGAAGAUGCGAGCACAAAGCGGUCCUCACAAGUUCUCUAUCAAGAUUGUUGGUGUUUUCGAUACUGUUGGUUCCCUCGGACUUCCUGAAGAGCUAGUUUUCCGGAGCAAGAAGUUAAAAACUAUUUUCGGAUUCCCUGACCGUUUGCUGGGAGAGCACAUUGCUCGUGCAUACCACGCAAUGGCAAUCAAUGAAGAUCGCGAAGACUUUAGCGUCGCCAAAUUUGAGCAAACCGAGGGUGGACGACGUAAAGGACAAACCCUCAAACAGUGCUGGUUCUCAGGCUCCCAUUGCGACAUUGGAGGCGGUUACGAGGAACAUGAUUUGUCUGACGUGACUCUGAAUUGGAUGGUGGCCGAGAUCCAGGAUGCUCUAUCGAUUGACUUCUCGUACUUGUCCUCGCUACCAACGCCGACAGCACCUUGGGGAGCGCUACCCUUCCACCCCCCGCUCGUGGGUAUCUACUCGUACGCAAAGACCAAGGAGCGACCCCUUCCUACCGUCACGGACGAUGUUACUCACGAAGUCAUCCAUCCAUCUGUGCUGGAGCAGCCCUCACCUGAGUUACAGCUUAAGCAGCAUCUUAUGGAGAAUCCCGAUCUUGUUCACCAGCUCCUGCCGUGGGAAGCAAAUGUUCGGGUUGCAUGGGACGGUCAUGUUGCCGCUACUACCGCUCUCAAGACCGAGAUGCCAGCAAAGGUCCACUGGCCAGAGCACGACCAUUCCAUUUUCCACAAGGCGUUCAACGCAAUCAAGGAGUCAGUGCAUGCCGAGUCGAACGAGGAAGACUCGGAGUCGAAUACGCAUUCAGCGUACGUCAAAGGAUGGCUGCACCGGGCGGCGGGGGAAAGCCGAGUGGGUGCUGUUGUGCAGGAGCUCAUCUAG